CUCUGAAGUCCCUGGGUGACGAGGUCAACAUAGAAGUCGACUUGACUGGUAAAGUCAUCGAGAAACAAAUAGAAGUCACUUUGCAGAGCCAGAUCAGGGACGAAAACUCUGCAUUGCACGCCGUGAUCGAAAAACUUAUCGAUGAAAAGGUCAAGAAAUACCUGAACGCCUAG